GGGUAACACCUUCCCCGCAGGCGGGGCGGGGGGAGCCUUGCCCAGGCGACAUGGAGGCCAGAGGCAGCUCGGCUGCAAAAGAGGGGCGAGCCCCAUAUGUGCCCAGGCCACCGCAGGACCCUGUAUGUCCUGACUCAAUAACGUCCCUAGAGGCAAGGAGGGGAAGUUUGGAUGAAGACUGGCUCAUAAGGGUUUACUGUCCAGGAUCCCAACGCAUGUAUGAUGUGCAAGCUCCAGAACAGCCUGUCCAGGGAAUCUCACCAUCAGUGUCUGAGAAGAUCAGAACAAUAAGCACUCUGUGCAAAAGAAAAUCUUCAAAAGAUUGGCUAAUGCAGGAACCCUCAACUCCUUUGCAGCCCUCUUCAGGAGCGCCUAACAUGGGUGGUUCAGAGAACCAAUGGUUACUAAAGCUGAAAUGUCCAAGGUCCCAGACAGAGUAUGACCUGCAGACUCCAGAACAGAGGGCCACCUCAUCCCUGGCUAGGAGCAGAUCCCCAAGCACUUUUGGCAGAAGUGCUUCUGAAAGGAAAAAAGCUUGUGAAGAUUGGCUAACACAGAAGCAUUUUUCUCAAGUGCAGGCAGUAUCUAAUGAAGGCCAAGAUAUUAUUGCUGCUAUCCAGUCCAUCUUGGAUAGAGAAAAUUAUUUUGUAAAGGAGGUGGACAAGUAUUUGAGACACAGAGAUUUCUUAGAGCUGAGAAAGAAGGAGAUCCAGUACAAGAAAUGGCUGGAGCGUGUUUCAGAGCCGCUGCUGCAGAAAAUUGAGGACAAAGUUGACAGCCAGUCAAGUGAAGAAAUAGAGGAAAGGAAACGAAAGCAGCUCUCUCUAUAUUUAAACUACUGUAAUAAGAAGGGCAAGGUGGCUUUGGAAGAUUAUGAUUCUUCAGAGUACGACCCUCUCUUCCUGAAUACACAUCCCACCUAUUUGAAGGUAUCAACUCCACCUUUACACGAUCCGCUGUUAAAAGAGGUACAAGGAAGAUUUCUUGAGGGCGGGCUUAUCCAGCAAUGUGAGACAGGAAGAAUAUACUCGGCCAAAGAAAUGAACGACCUAUAUAAGGCAAAGUUGCCAUUGCUUCCUUUAGGCCGGCAAAAUAUGGAUGCAGCUGAUUGGCUGAAAAUACCCCCAGGAUAUGUAGAAAGUGAGAUUCGGCAGAGGAAGAGGCGAAGAGUGAAGAGAAACCAUAACGCUGGCACCCUGGACUUCAAGGCCUGGGCUGACAGCACGUGUCCUCCCACCCUUUGGAAAGAGGAGAUGUAUAUCUACUAGAAAGUUAGAUUUGGGAUGUGUGCCCAGGACCUUCUGCCAAAGCAACUGACCACUUGCCAGUCAUCUUGACAAAAUGCAAUAAAACCGGCUUGCUAACUAACCAUU